AGCCAACCCCAGGGGCAUGAGAAACCAAUCCCGAAUAAUCGAGAGGAAAAGCCAUGCCCCGACUAAAGCAGACAAGAGUGAAGAAAGCUCGAGAUUCACAACACAUGUCACACAAAGUACUACUGUAUGAGACAAUGAUCCGGUUAGUAUUCCUGAACUUGGUGAUGAGCUAUGGUGUAAUGAAUGACACGUACCUCGUGUUAAUAUCUCCCGAAUCGGGAUGGAGCUGCUUCCUCAAAAAUAGUCCAGUCCGAUCGUAUACACAUAUAGAUAGACGGAUUUGUGAUAUGUGAGUACAGACCGUAAACUCGAG